AUGGGCUUGAUUGGUCGCUUGACUACGGUAGAUGUGGCUGAGCUGAGGACUUCGAAGAGAGAGAGACUUGACGACCGAACUGUGUGGGCACCAAGGGCGGAAUGGUCCGAGCUAGCGCCGGAGGGGGCGGGUCAACAGAAAAAUUACACUGGUAAAUGGGCCGCUGCUGCCGUUUUCGCCCAAUGGCGACGUCUGCUUCUGGAGGACGCUCUGAUUUUAUUCUCUAACACGCAAGAAAGGAAGAAAAAAAUGUUCGCCAAUGGACAAAACGAUGCCGCGCGUCAAGCUGCUUGGGAGGUAGAGCUCGCAGCUCGUGGGGAGGCUAGAGAAGCCGUUUAUAACGCGAUGAUGAACGGAUCAUCACCGUCGUGGGGGGAUUUGGUGCGCAGCGUCAGCCUAGUCUCCCCGCAGAGUUUCGGAGAGCAUGUGGAGGACUUCAGUCCUCCAGCCUCCGGAAGGGCCUCUGUUGACCACACAACGGUGUUCAACGCUGCCACCCGGGCUGAACUGCAUCUCACCGAAUCCCUGGAAAGGAUCGAGGAGCUGGAGGAAGAAUUGCAGGUAGCCCGGGGACAAAUCGAUGCUUUGCAAUGGAGCAGGGGGCUGCGCGACAGCCAAUAUAGGAAGUCGGAGUCCCUGCGCAAAGAGCAAGAAAAGGACCUGACUCGAAUGGUGCGGGAUCUGCAAACAGUUCAUGAGGUGCUACCCAGAGCCCUCGAGGCGCACAGGGCCAAGGUCCGCUCGCUGCACCCAGAGGAAGAGGAAGAGCUCCUCCACCACUUCCUCAGGAGGGGAAACGUGGUGGAGACGUGCAUUGAAAUAAUCAAUCACGGCGAAGGCAUGGUCCGCGUGACCACGGAUAGGGACGAAUUCUUCUUCGCCCCUAUGCGGUCGGGCAAGAAGAAGAGGUUCAACCUCUUCCGCUCGGACAAAUCGUGGCGCACGGACCACCCCUGGGUGCGGCUGCACAUGGGCCAAUUGCGGUUGAUCAACUAUGGAAGGACAGCGCCGCUCCCAGACCACUUCGCCAAAUUCCUGCUGAGGAAUUUGGCCGGAAUAUCGGAAGUGAGGUUAGAAAAUGUUCACUGCGACUCUCUUAAAGAGUAG